GUGUACACAACAAAGUUUUCGUGUUUAUGGUUUACCACCCGCAAGUUACAACGGAACACGGGUUCGUUAUUCUAUACCGCAUUAGUUGCCGAGUUUCAUAUUCGUAACAGAUAUUUGAGAAUUUUACCGUUUUUGCUGUUUAUGAUUUUUUAUUAUUAUUGACAAUCACGUUGGUGGGUACUAAUUUUCACGCUCAGGGUCAAUAAUCGCCACACCAGUCGAAACAUGGAUAGGAUUAUUGAGAUAUCGUCAGUGUUUGUUGAUCUAUUUAACAGUUCGGCCGGCAACCAAGCCUCCACUGAUGAAGCUGACUUGCCGAUUCCUGUACAACUUCAGGAGAUAACCGAAGAUUAUAUACAGAAAAUCUUGACUGCAUGCUGUAGUCAACAAGCUGCAGGUAUCCCAGGAUUUCAGAGCGGAUCAGUUGUUGGUUCAUCGGGAUUGCGCGUUAAUGAGUUUAAGCCCAAUCUUGAUUGGUUCAACUGUACAAAACCUUUAUUAUUCAAUAAAGAUUUAAAAGGCAAACUUGUUCUACUUGAUUUUUUCACUUAUUGUUGUGUGAAUUGUUUGCAUAUACUACCUGUUCUACAUAACUUACAACAGCGUUUUACGUGUGAAGAUGGAUUAGUAAUUAUUGGUGUGCAUAGUGCAAAAUUUCCUAAUGAACAACAAUCUUUAAAUGUACAUCAUGCCAUUGAAAAAUAUUCAAUUGAACAUUGUGUUGUAAAUGAUACAGAUGGUACAAUGUGGAAUGAUUUAGCUGUAUGUUGUUGGCCUACUUUAGUACUCAUUGGACCUAAUGGUGAACCCAUGCUUGUGGUUCAAGGUGAAGAAUUUCACUCACAACUAUUGCCUACAUUUAUUGAAACAGCUUUACAAAUUCUCCGUCAAGCAUCCAUGAUAAGCUCACAUAAUAUACCAGAAAUUGUUCCAGGCCGUACAACUUUACAGUCAUUAACUACAGGUAAACAGACAUCUACUUCAAAACAACAUCUACUUUAUCCCGGUAAGGUGUUUGCAUACACUAAAAAAUUGAAGAAGAGGAAGAAUAAUGGCAAUGAAACUGUAAACAGUUCUAAUUUAAAUAACCGACAUCAUGGUAAAAUAUUAAUAGCGAUUGCUGAUAGUGGUCACCAUAGAAUAGUGGUUUGUACACUUCAAGGACGUGUAAAGCAUGUUAUUGGUGGCGGUGGAAUUGGUCUCUUUCCAUCUACUACUAAAAAAGGAUUUAAAGAUGGAAAUUUCACAGAAGCUUUAUUUCACAGUCCUCAAGGCAUAUGCUUCCAAAAUUCUCAUAUUCUAUUUGUGUGUGACACAGAAAAUCAUGCUAUUCGUAUGAUUGAUUUAAAAGAAAAAACUGUUAAAACUGUAGCUGGCAAUGGGAAAAAAGGCCAUGAUAAAUAUGGAGGGCAAAUGUGGAAUUCUCAAAUUCUAAAUACCCCCUGGGAUGUAGUAUAUUACAAACGUAAAGCACGCCCUCAAUAUCAACAACAAUAUACACCACAACCAUAUACACCAAAUCAAAACUUUCAACAACAGCAACAGUCUACAUCUGUACCCACACCAUCUCCAGUGCGCUGUUUGUUGAUUGCCAUGGCUGGUUUGCAUCAAAUAUGGGCUCUUUAUUUAGAUAAGACAAGUACUAGUACUUGCUCAAGCAUGAAAUCAAAAUGGUGUUCCAAAGGAUUGUGCACUAUGGUGGCAGGAACAGGCAAAGAAGAAAAUAGAAAUAAUUCUUACAAUGGCCAACGCGCUUCUUUUGCUCAACCUUCUGGAUUGUGUUUAACUAAGCCAUCGUCUCGUAUUGGGUCUGCAUCAAAUGGGGCCGAUCCUUCUUUAUACAUUGCUGAUAGUGAAAGUUCAUCCGUCAGGCGUAUGUAUUUAGAUUCAAUGGGAAAAUAUAGGGUACUGAAUGUAGCUGGCGGAAGUCCUGAUCCAACCGAUCUUUUCAGCUAUGGUGACAUUGAUGGUGGAGCUGGUGCCAAUUCACGUCUCCAACAUCCUAUGGACGUUGCAUGGAAUUAUAAACGCAACAUUCUGUAUGUAGCCGAUUCAUACAAUCAUAAAAUUAAAUAUGUUACUGGAUUGUCGGACAGUCAUAAACAAAGUCAUUAUAAUAACGGUGGUGGCAACACAACAACUGGUGGCAUUCCUGGCUCUACGGGUGGAUCUGUACACACAUUACCAUUACCUGUUAAGUUGAAUGAACCUAAUGGAUUGCAUUUUAUUGAAAACCCUCAAGAUGGAUCCAGUCUGUUAUUGAUUGCUGAUACAAAUAAUCAUUCUGUUUGGGUGUAUAAUUUUGAUACUUAUGUUAUUAAAAAGCUUCAAUUGGAAUUUCCAAAAAUUCUAGAAUCAUCACCAUCAAAUGUGGUUGGAACAGCCCAAAUUAGAUUAAAUAGACGGACUGGUGGGCAACUUAUGUUACGUGGACGUGUUAUCCUAGGAUGCAGUUCUGGAACUGAAGUGUCACAAACUUUAGAAGAUCAACCACAUUUGAAUUGGACCCUUCAACUACCAGAUUCAACUUGGGAAUCAAAAGAAAUUAAAUCAAAUACCUCCAUAUCAACUUCAGUAGGAGCAGCAGCUGAUUUUAAGUACUUAAUUCGUAUACCAAAACAAGAAUGGGAAGAAGAUAAAAAUGAUGAAAAUACUGAUGAUUUAACAUCUAGAGAUGGAAACAGGCGGUGGAAUGAUAAAUAUAAUCCAGAUAUUGAAAAUGAAUCAGAUGAAGAUUCAGAAGAUGAAUCUGACGAUGAAGAGGAAAUUGUUAUAUUAAGAUGUCAAACAAGUGUCUGUCAAGAUGAUGAUAAAUGUGUUCCUGUAGAAUUUGAUUUUGUGGUGCGUGUUCGAUAUGGUGAUGAAGAAAAUACUCCUCAAGCGGCUGAUACCUAUUUCCCUUACACUCUACCGUACAAUAAAAGUGGCAAAAAAUUAUUAAAUAGAGCAUCUUCUGAGAUUGAUUCUCUUGCUUCAACUAAUGACUCACCAAUGGAAUUGGUAAAUAAUGUAUCUGCUUCAACAACUUCUGCUACUUCAAAUGAUUAAUAUAAUUUAAUAAAUAUUAUAUUUACAAUUUUAGUCUUAAAUUAAAUAUUAAUAAAUACUUAACAAAUCAUUUUUCAAAUCAAUUUUAAUUUAACAUAACUGUUUUAUGUGAUUUUAUAAUUAUAAUAUGAAUAUAUUAUACAUUACCUUCUGUUGAAUAAAUAUUAUGAGCUUUGUAUUUAUUUAUGCAUAACAUUGAAUUAUUGUAAAUGUUACGAUUUAUUAGAGAUAUCUAUAGAUUGUACAUUAUUUUUGAUUCUUAAAUUCUUAGUUAAUGACCUUCAUUUAUAUCAUAAAAAAUGGGAGUUAUUUUUAAUGUUUUUAUUGAUGAAAUAUUUUUCAAUUAUUUCUAUGAUUCCAAUGAAUAUUUAAAAAAUUAACUGUAGAUAUCAGUAAGUUAAGAAUUAGGUGUAUUAUUUUUAUUUUUUUGUCGUUUAAAUUGUGCAUAGAUAAUUAACAUACAAAACUAAAAUAAUGAAUGUUGCAUGUAUUAUUUAUUG